CGUGGGCAGCGUCCCUCGAGAAGGAUGCCGUGACCCUGGGAGGCCAGGGUCCACCCUGAGAACGGGCACACGGCUGCGAGGUGACGGGUGGGGAGCGCAGGGCGGACCUGCAUGAUUGCCCUCGCGGUCAGGCCUCGUGGCUGCCCCGUGUUGCCCUGAGCUCCUGAUUUCUGGUCCAGGGUUGGGGAUGCUCUACUGACCUUAUCCCCCUAGCUAAGUUCUUUGGGCUCCAGCCAGCCACCGGGGUAGAAGCCAUGGUGCCUGGAUGUCAGUCUGUUCUCUUUGAUUCUUAGGUCUUUUCUCCUGGCACCCUGUAUUCAUGACCUUGGCGUUCUGCCUCUGCAUGGCUGAGGCCAUUCUGCUCCUCUCGCCUGAGCACUCCCUGUUCUUCUUCUGCUCCCGAAAGUCCAGGAUCCGGCUCCACUGGGCAGGCCAGACCCUAGCCAUCCUCUGUGCAGCCCUGGGCCUGGGCUUCAUCAUCUCCAGCAAGACCCGCAGUGAGCUGCACCACCUAGUGUCCUGGCACAGCUGGCUGGGGGCUCUGACUUUGCUGGCCACUGCCGGCCAGGCAAUAUGUGGGCUCUGCGUACUCUGUCCCCGGCAAGCCAGGGUCUCAAGAGUGGCACGUCUCAAACUCUACCACCUGACGUGUGGACUGGUGGUCUACCUGAUGGCUACGGUAACGGUGCUCUUGGGCAUGUGUUCAGUGUGGUUCCAGGCCCAGAUCAAAGGUGCAGCCUGGUACCUGUGCUUGGCUCUGCCCCUCUACCCAGCCGUGGUGAUCAUGCAUCAAAUCUCCAGCUCCUACUUGCCAAGGAAGAAAAUGGAAGUAUGAGUCCUUCUGAACGCUGCCUCUAGGUGGAAAUGCUUGCUCUGGACUCAGUGGUUCUACUGAUGACCUUUGAAUGGAUCCACUCGCAAGUGAGGGAUGACUCAGUGGGCCGAAAUGGGGAAAGGUACUCGGCGCAAGUGAAAGGUGAUGGGGAGACCUAAAGCCUCUGUGUUUGAUGGGAGACACGCGUGAUGGGUGGUGGUGGUGCUUGCUGGAAAUCAUUUCUUGCUCAUAUGCCUGAUGAAGAAUGGGGUUCUCAUUACUCGUGGUUGGCAGCUAUGGCUCUUUGAAUGGCCUUUGAGAAAGCAGUGCAAUGUGGUGGGAAGAGGGAGAUCAGGGUCAUAGGUCUUGGAGGUUGUUGUACGCACUUAGGCUCCUCAGCAGUCUGAAGCAGUCUGUCGAGUUGCUUUCCCAGAACACCCUCCAGUCCUGGGCCACGGACUCAGCAGCUCGGCAGACUUAAGACGCGAUUCUUACGUCUGUCGGCCCCUACCUCUCUGGUGGGACAGGCUUGUCCUUGUUGCCUUUUAGGAAAUCUGUGUCCAUUUAGCCCCUGGACAAGGGUGCAUGGGGUCAGGUGCUGUGGAGAGAAGGGGCCCAGGGAAGGGUUCCUGAACUCCAAGGCAGUAAAGCACUUUAAUGUUUUAAUGUCACUUUAAUGUUUUGGGAGGAGAAGGGCAGCAUCUUAACAGGUCUUUCUAGAACACCCUCCGGCUUAGUGGAUCUGGGCUUGAGGGCUACAGGACACCGCCUUAGUCCCAGAGUCCUCAGCGUCUCAUGCUUUGCCCUGGUCUUGCGCAUGGCUUUGUGGCACCAUCCAGGAGCGUUCAGAACAAAGUCAGAGCUGAGAAGGCAAAGCAGCGCUCUUCUGACCUAGGGAAAGGCCAGGUCUCCCUAAUUCCCCUCUCCCUUGUCAAAUAAGCUUCCUCAGUUCAAAAACCUCUUGCCAGCUUUUUGGCCCAGAAGGGACUGAGUUUGGUGCCAGCUGGCAAAGGAGGGCUGGGCCUCCUUCCCUCCAGAGCCCCCUGCUUCUUCCAGACGGAAAAUAGUUCCCCAGACUGCCCUCCACGAGGAGGACUGGGUGCCAGACCAGUUAGCUACGGGCGGGCUCAGCCUGGGCCUUCCGUAGGCAACAGCCAGGCUAAUGUUGAGAGAGCUGGGUGGAAACCCUGGGAGUCCUAGGGUGUCCCUGCAGUGGCUGGUCCCGGGAGGAGGGGUCUUCCUAACCGGCAAUAUUUGCAAUAAAAAUGCAAGCCCUCUUCUCUGGGUGGCUCAGAGCAAGGGACUUCACAUGACUUGACAGUGCUAGAAGCAGGCUGCAAGGCCCCGCGAGAGGCCCCUAGGCAGGGCUUACUUAGCUCUGUGGCAGGUGGUAUCUCCCAAGAGCCCUCUAGAUCCCGAGCAGCCAAAGCGGGGAUGCUAAGCAGAGGGUGAUCGAUCCUUCCCCUCAUUGCUUUCUCUCCCCUCUCAAGCUAACCAGUGUCAUCUUAACUUGGAAGGGGUGCUCACCUGGGGUCACUUCCAUCAGGGGGUCCCUCUCCUCUCCCUCCAUUAUGUGCCAGUGCUAGGGAGUCUCGCCCUGCCCACAGCAGUGGGUGAGGGCCACGUACGGUGCUCCAGCUUGCUCGGAGAGCCAAGCAGACAACGCCAUGCAGCCUGAGCCUGCCUGAGGUGUUGCCUCCUCCCAGGUGGUGCGGGGGCUGGCGGGCGGGCAGGCGGGCUGGCAGCCGGCAGUUUGCGUGGGCCGUGCCAGCUGAUGUCUAUUCCCAGCCCUGAGAGGAAGGGGGAAGUCAUUUAUAUUCUGCAGGAGGAAAAGGCCCCAGCUGUCACCUCUCUGACCAGUAGUUCUAGAGGACAAGGGGACAGGGCAGAGGGGGGACACUGGUGGCCUCUUCUUUAUCUGGUCUGAUUGAAGUAUAGGAUGGAGGUCACCAGGAGGUGACUGGACAGAUUGUAGGGGGACUUCCCUCCCCUGCUGUCUGCCUAUUUCUCCCUUCAUCACCACCUGCCCUCACAUCCUGGGCAGCAGCUGGGCAGCCAUCAGACCUCAGUGCCAGGGCACUCUUCCUCCAGCUGGGGUCUGGGUGGCUGCCGGCCGCAUGCCUCCUGCCUCCUGCCUGUGUGUUUCCUCCUCCCUACACGCUCCGGCUCCCCACUUCCCCACAUCUCCCCAUCUGGGAUAUUAGCUGGGCUCCUCAGUGUGAGGAGUGGCCUCAGGAGAAAAGCAAACGGUUGCCCUUUGGCCCUCGGCCCUUGGCUAGGGAAAGUCAGUCUGUUUCGCCUUAAAAAAAAAGUCAGGGUGCUCAAAUUAAAAACAAAACUGUGUCAUUUGCACAAAUUUGCAUAGCAGGCUCCCUGAGUCCUGAUUCCAGAUGAUUAUAUUUAAACUCAACCUUGAGGAUAUCAGAUGAUUUCUGUAUCCAGAUCCACAUGGUAAUAGGAUCUCCACUCCGGGUUCAGAUGCACCCCCUCCCAGACGCCCCUCCCCUUGAGUCCCACCGUGACUGGGGGUGGUGGUAGAUGGCGGGGCUCUGUGUCUAAGCGGGACUCCCCACCUCACCUCUGAGCUCAGCUGCCUCGCCCCACCCUCUCGCCCCACCCUCUGGGGCAGACAACCCUCCUUGCUCAGACACUGGCCUGUCCCUUCUCUCUCAUUGUCCCCACCCUUCCGCCCCGUGCAUGGCUGCUCUGGGUCUUGUUUUUAAAACCUCGCUGUGGGAGAUCUAGGCAUCCUCCCGAGCCAGCUGGCUGCUGUGCCAAGGCCUGCUCAGAGUUAAUAAUAAUCAUUAGCUGAGCAGUGUUGGGGCCUUUCAGCUGCAGAUCUCCAGCACUUGCUGGCUGAGUCAGCCAGCCUCACCUCCCCCUUCCUGGAGCAGAAUGGGAGGGCCCUAUCAGAGGGAGGGGGGUCAGAAGUCUCCCUCCUGGCGUGUUUUGUGGCUUCUCUCUCUCCGGAGGGAGCGGCACUGAGAGUCCUCUGAGGACACUACUGCCGCCUUGCACCCGACAAGGGUCACUGUAAGGAACAGUGUAUCCUCCAGAGGCUGGUGGUGGCCGUGCUGGCGGUUGACACUGGACCUCUAGUCCUCCUGCCUUCCCUUCUGUUUACUUGGCCUCCAGAGGACACCCCUGGGCCUGAGGCUCAGCCUCAGCAUCUCUGGUGGCCCUCUGCAGGCUUAGGGAGCAGGGAGGCUUCUGGUUUCGGGCCAGGGUGCCCGUGAGCCUGGGUUUGAAUCAAGCCCCUAACCUCAGCCUCUCACUGAUGUGUGUGGCUCUGGGCACAUCAUUUACUGUCCAACCUACCUCACAGGGCUGUUGUGAGGGUUAGAUGAGAGAGCACAUACUCUCAGGCGCUGACAAGUUCGAGACAUUAAACAAACGCAAACAGCUGGUGUUGUGAUAUCCUUACUGCGUGCUCGCUCAGCCUAGCCCUGGGUUUCUGCUGCUUUAGGGAGCUGUAAACAGCUACGGGUAAUAACGCUUAGGGCACCCAGGUGUCAGACAGGCUGUGUUGCUGGCCACUGUGACGGUGACAGGCCAGCUCACCCCACGGAGGCCUGGCCGAGGCAGCCAUUGCACCCAGGAAGGCUACCAGCCUGACCCAGUAGCCGGCGCUGCCUGCUGCCUGCCUGGUAUUUGAUG